UGGCAGUGUGAAGCGGCAGCCGUUCACAAUCAAGUUACAAAUCAAUCGCCGAGGCCACAAUAGAAGAAGAAAAUACAAAGGAAGUGGAGAGGAGAGGCAAAAAGAUGGAAGGACCUCAUCAUCAGGAUCAGGAGGAUGCUAGAGAGACGGCGCCGCCAUUAUCAUCGCUUAAUCCGGCGCCGCCGGUGGUAUCUGCUGAAGAGAACGUGGAAGCACCUCAGGAUGAUCAGCAGCCGGUCGCUCAGGCUCCCAAAUGCAUCGAUGAUGGGGAUGACGAAUAUGAUCGUGGAGAACAUGAAGCCAUGCUUAGUGACACUGCCAAGAUUGCAACAGAAGCUCUGGAAUUCUACAACAAUAAGGAGGGUACCAACUUUGUGCUUCGGAAGCCCUUGCUCAGCUGGUGUAAUCUGUUCCCCGGUACUCUGGCCAUCCACGCCAACUUCAAAGCCUCCGGAGAACAACCCUCCCAGUCAGCUCUUCUUCUCCGAGACACUCAAAGUCUACCGCCAGCCCACCCGCAUUCUCAACUGUCUCAUCAUGGAUAAGCGUAGUACUGGUAUACGCACAGGUUGUGCACAUUGUCCGACCCACAUAUGCGGCACAACUUUCUACCAUCCUCCUAUGGGGAAUUCCGAGUAUGGCGAGGAUGAGGAGAAGGAUCAUGCAAGGUUUGAUUACGAUGAAUCGACCAGCUCAUCAGACGAUGAAGAGUAGCUACUAGCUAGGCCUUCGCUGAAUCCCCUUGCUGCCUGGCAGGCAAGUGGUGGUAGUAAUUUGUUCUCUCUCAAACAGGAUGAGGAAACUUCAGAUAUUGUCAUAGCAGCCAGUUCCUUUGAUGUAGAUGCUCUAUGUUCGCCUCACACAUGUUUGUUAAAAAGAAACUACUCAUUCAUAUGUUAAAUGUCAGCCAACGACCAUCUACAUGGUGUCGCCUCACUAACAACGAAUUUGAGUUUGAUGA